CUACGUCCGCGCUCGGCGGAAUCAAAAGCCGCGCACGAUUCGCUCGCUAGUGCGGUUUUGUGCUCGGAACCGACCGAGUGUUGGUCCCUGCGAUUGUGUGCUCUCCCCGGAGAGCGGACAUCGUCAAUCGAUUACCGCAAUUACACUUGACGCGCCGCGACCUGCACUUCGCUCGUACCCCAGUGAAUUUCGAGCGCGUAGCAGGAUGAUUGACGAGGAUGUCACUAAAGGGAAAGCUUGGACACGAGUUCGGGGUGAAGUUUGAAAAAGGAAAACAAUUUUGUUGAAGCAGUAAGACGCUGAAGGAUGACACGGAAAAUAGAUCGAAUGGAGAUAUAAUGGAUUAUAUAGUGGAAGGAAUUGUCUUUAUUUUUCUCGAGGAUUUUCUUACGGAAAGUAAACACGAAAAUAAAUUAACCGGUGAAUUUUGCACGCAUCGUAAAAUGAUUUGUUCGACAAUUUUACAAACUAUCUAGCGAGUAAAUUUUUCUCCAGUAGAGCAAUUGCGUGGGUCUCGCGCAGAGUGAUUCAUCAUCCUGGGAGUGCGUAUUGAUCGCGAUUCUCGCGUUGCCUCUAUUUUAGGGAUCUAUAGUCGCGGUAUAAUGCAAGUCAUAGAAUGUCUCAUGAUUCCGCCAUUAUCUGUCCGUGACGUAAAAAAAAAUCUCACUGGAUCGCGCGAAGACAAAAGGACCUCUCGUCAGCUUCCCACGAAAGCGUCAGAAUUCCAUCGCCGACGAUCGAAGACAGAUGUUGGCCCCGUGCCACGCGAGGGAAUCGUCCGGAUUCGUUCUUAUCAGAAAGAAGAAGAAGGGAAACGAUGCAGCUGCAUCUGAGUAUUCGCCGAUCGUUACUUCUCCCGCGUUCUAGAUUAUCAACGAGGAGAAUAUCGAGGAGCGGAGCGUAAAACGUAACGAAAUCCGACGAAACGAGGAGAGUAUCGUGUAAGCGCUCUCCGCAAAGUCGGUCGCCGAAAUUAAACUCAUUCGCCGCGCUCUUCUCUCUCGGACGCCUCUCUCCCGGAAGCGGAUGCCGCGCAUAUCGAAGUUUCACGAAAAGGGACCGAGAGCACCGAGCACUGUUACAAAGCUGUGACAAUUAAGCGAGCGAAAUGGUGUCGAGAAACGUGCCGACACAAAGCGUCGUGAUCGACGUAUCACUUGUCCGCGACAUAAUUUCAUUGACGCGGGAUCAGAUUUGACGUUUGUCGGCGAAUCUGAAUAAAUCGGAAAAAAAUCUUUUUCCGCUAAAAAAUUGUAAUUGGAAUCUUCGACGUUAAUUUGAAACGCGAGGAAUUUUUCUCGCGAGGACCUUGUUGCCUGAGGAAAGGCGAGGAUGGCAAGCGAGGUGAUGCUGGCACCCACGCUGACAUCCAUAUGGGAGAUGGACGACGUCAGGGAUAUGGUUAGAAGCGCGACCGUCACCACGAUUUACGCCAAACAACGUGCCUCCGUAAAAUGGCUUUUGUCAAAGGCAUACAACAAUCGAGUACCAGAAAAGCUUCGCGAGCCGUAUUAUCGUGAUCAUGAAGAGCAGGAACAUCUGAAACCACAGAUCGUUCACGCGCUUUCCAAUGCGGAGCUCUACUGUCUCGCACUGGCCAACAUAUACUCGGAUCCCAACUAUCACAAUCAGAAUCACUACGGGAUCCUGCAGGCCUUGGCCAGGAAAGGCGUCUACGUCACGGAACAAAACAAUACUCAGCUCACCGAAACGAUUCUCAUUCAAAAUUCACCACUCAAGAUGUCUGCGCAUAUGGCUGUGAUAGAAGGCCUGAUGGUCUUAUACGCGAAGGAGGUGGUAACGGGAGACCGAGUCGUCUCGGCGAUACGACGAUUUGAUCCCCAGGCUGAGGUGGACGUACCAUCGGAUCAUGAAAAGGGUCUCCUGCUCUGGAUCAACCACGCAUCGCACGCGUUAAUUGCUAAGAUCCAGAGCGAGGAUGGUGCCGGCGACAAGACGCGGCUACCCGAGUUGCCCGCCGCCAAGGACUUCCAAUCUUUAUGCGAUGGCGUCGGCUUGGCAGCUGUCGUCGCGUUCUAUUGUCCUGGUGAACUCAACUGGAUGGAGAUUAGAGUGUCGAAGAGACCUUCGGUGGCGGACGCGUUACACAAUCUUUCCCUGGUGCACGCGUUCUGCGUCAAAUGCCUGCCCUACUCGAUUUUCCACAUGCAACCCGAGGACGUUACAUACAUGAGAGGGUCAAUGAAGCAGAAUCUGGUGGUUUUUCUGGCCGACAUGUACAAUGUUCUGGAGAUUCAUCCGGCAAAAUGUGUUCGUUAUCCUGGAGAAGAACGCGCGAUGCAAUACUUAGAUGCCUGCCCGCGCAAUAGUCAUGGCGUAGCUCAUAAGAGAAGCCUGCCACAGUCUAUAGCUCCGAUACCCGAUCUGAGAAGCAACCUCUCCAUAUCCGCGCCAGGCUUCACAGUUGCAAAAUCGGCUUCGAGCACUACUGUGAAAAAGUCGCAAUCUUUGCAACAAACUGCCGAAAAUCAUCCGUAUGAUGACAGACGCGCAGGUAGUGAGGAAAGUUUCGUGGUGCAUCGUGGCAAAGGCAUUCCCACAUUGAGCUCCGUGGCGGACGACAAGUCCGUAGCCAGAACUGAAGCCGCGGGUCGGCCGAGCAACUGGGAAGACCAACGACGGAGCUCUUAUGCCGGCCGUCGAUCCAGACGAAACAGCAUCACGGAUGAUUCUCAGCUGACCAUCGAGAACUUUGGCGGAUCUCAGGAUAAUUUACACAAUUUUGGUAGAAAUCCGGAUAAAGAGGUAGGCGUGCACAUUGGCAAGCGCAGCACGACCGAACCGACGUUGCCCGCGCGAUCCAGCGUCCAGGAUGUGUACGGCAGCGGCGUGCAACAUAUAAUCGCGGACAACGGUUACAACGGCAGUAACGGCGGCGAAGAGCCUCCGCGACUGCGACGACAGGCGUCCAACAGCAGUCUGGAUAACGUCGCUCUCCGACAAAUCUUACAUUCCAGCGCAGAAAAUGACGGCGGUGGCACGGACAACGGCGAUGGCGGCGACGCCGUCACGAAACUUGCCAGUUUCGCGAAUCUGAACAGGCAGAGCUCUGAGAAAGGGAUCAAUUUCACGUACAUGGAACAGGAGCGGCAAGACGACGUUAAGCAAUUGAACAAGAGGCAUGGUCAGAGCAACGGCAACGGCGAGAAAAAAACUACUUUCGCCACUCUGCCAAACACAACUACGUGGCAACAACAGAGCAAUCAGCAGUCGCAACAAAUGGAGCAACAUUCUGUCGAUGAGAACGGCGGUAACACCAUAAUGGCCUCGCAGUUGAAUAACAUACGGCUGAAGCUUGAAGAAAAGCGACGACAUAUAGAGAAUGAGAAGCGAAAGAUGGAAGUUGUUAUGUCGAAGCAACGGCAGAAAGUGGGCAAGGCGGCGUUCUUGCAAGCGGUUACUAAGGGUAAGGUUAAAUCUCCCUCUUCGUCAACGUCCGGGGGGGACAGUCCGGCCGAGACAGUCGGUCCCCCCACUCCUGUAACCUCCGGAUCUUCCGGGGCGACCCCGACGAGCGUUUCCGAGGCGUCCUCUGUACCUCAACAACUCCCUCAAGAAAAACCACAGAGACCUUUCUCGCUCAAGGAAAUUAGUGAGGAUGUACGAGACGUCGAACACAAGUGGUUGGAACACGACGGUAACGCGCCAUUCAUCGAAACCAGACGCACUCCGGAUAUCGAGAACAUGGAUCCCGAACAAUAUCGUCAAUCUAUAACACAAAUGAAUACCAGCCUGAGCGAAAUUCAAGCGGACAUACAACGUUUAGCGAGCCAGCAGAAUCAAAUACAGCAGCAACAUCUGAUGACGCAACAUCAGAAGCAGAUGCAACAACAGCUUCAACAACUGCAGAGUCUUAGUCAACAACAUAUGCAAACUUAUGGAAUGCCGCCGAUGAAUCCGUUAACGUCCAGACUGCAGGAUCCGCAGCAAUCGCAGUUCUAUUUGCACGAUCAACCGCAAGUGCAGAGAAGAAUGUGGGGUCAGCCGGCACCCGCCCAGAGCCUGGCCAAUGAAAUGGCUGCAGUGGGCUAUCAACAGUCUAUAGAUUCUCGAUUUAGCCCUCAACCUGCCGCUUAUCAACAGGAUAUGCGCAUAUACGCGGAUCCCACGAGGACUUGGGCCGCGCCGCACCCGGCGCAAAAGGGAUUCGUUCUGCACGAUACUCAAGAACCAAGGUACCUCAACGGCGGGGAUCAUAGUCUGUGUAAUAAUCAAAUGAGCCAUCCCGGUCCCGCCGGGUAUCCGGCGUCUUCAUCGCUUUUCAACCAAACACAAGCCACAUCUGCUAGUCCGCAACAUCGUAACGCUAUUCAUCGAAUAAGUCAGUUAAUUAGUGAAAGUCCCGAGCCUAAGAGAUCAACUGUACACCACAUCCCGAUCUCAUGCGAAAGUCCGACGGAAAAGAGGCAGGUUACCGCUUUGCAUACUCCAGUACCAGCUCCACCUGCCGAUGAUAUGAAGCCACAAAAUAUAUCUUUCAUUGGCAAUGAUGACGACAUUGCGCAAGGUAUUCGAGGCUUGAACAUCACGUCAGGUAGUCGUACGUAUAGAAUACCGUCACCAACCAGACCCACGAUAUCGCAGAAUUCCUUCCAACCUCAUCCAUCAUUAAGAGAAACGUCACGUUCGGCCACUCCGGACGUUACGCCUCUUGAUUCCACGGACGCGGGUGAGAAAGGAUUCUAUAUUUCUUUCGACAAUGAUGCUCCCAAGAAACCGAAGCCGACUCUCAGGGUGAAAAGAAUGUCCCCGAAGAAGGAACGAAGUGUAUCGUCUUACAUCGAGCAUGAAGACUUUAUGCGUUCUGAAUCGCCUCCUGUUAGCGCAGUUGAAAGGCACAAGCAAGCGGAAGCUCAGCGAGAAUUAGAACGAGAAAGAUUGCGGCAAGCUGAAGAAAGGGAACAGCAGAGGCAAGAAAUGAGGGACAGAGAGCUUAAGAGAGAAAUUGAAAGAGAACGGCAAAGAGAGAAACAGCGCGACAGCAACACGGAUGGUCGACACGCUUCCGGAGUUGGUCUGGUGAUUGGGAAUCAACUUACGAAUCCCGAUCCAAAUUCUAUGGACGAAAUGGAGAAGAAGAAAGAGAGGAUAAUGUUAAUGUCGCUACAGAGAAGGCAAAGACAGGAAGAAAUGAAGGAAAGAAAGGAAGUCGAGGCCCAAGCGCGUCGGGAACAAGACAAACUAAAGGCAGAAGAGAGAGCUCGUAAAAAGGAGGAAGAACGACAGAGACGAGCUGCUAUUUUGGAGCAUCAUAAAGUGAAAAAGGCGAUAGAAGAAGCGGAGAGAGAAGGUAAAGUAAUUGAUAAGGAACUCCUCAAUGCAAUAAAUCCAGCAAAAUUACGUAACAAAACUACACCUGCUCGACCACGACCCAAAACGAUUCACGGAGAUGCUGGUGCAGUGUUGGACUCUGGGGCUCUUACGCCUAGUCGCGGAAAGAAGGGUUCCUCUUCUAACUUGAGCACAGCGUCGCUGACCUCCCCGACGAUGAGGCGAGACUACUACCGGGGUUCGCAGGAUAGUCUCACUGCUGCUCAUCUCGAUGACCGACGUUGUUCCGGCCCUCUUUAUCGGGGCGGCAGUCUCAGGGUAUCUUCCGUAGAUUCACCCGAUGAUGGUAGAGGCUCCUCGCCUUGUCGCAGCGUGAAUCAGCUCGGUCGACGUGGCUCCUACAAGACCUCCAGAGAUGCGCAGGAGUCUCAACAACAGAUUAGAGGCAGGCCUAAAUACCAGACUUACCAAAACUUUAAGGGGAGAAAGUCUAAUUCCCUGAUGAAUUUGUGCGAUUCGGACAGCGGCUUGGGCAGAUCGACGCCACCGAGACGCGCCGCAAGUCCAGGUAUAGGCAGCAUGAGGCAUUUGACAUCACCAUCAGGCCCUGGUUCGCUACCACCCGCCCUGAUGACAUCGAAGAAAAGGAUCUAUGACGAUGGCAGUAGCGAUAUCAGCAGUACACCCAGUUCUAUGAUGGACUACAAUGGCCCGAGACUGUACAAACUGCCGAUAGCCAAGUCAAAUCGCAACAUAAUGCUGAACGCCGUGGAAUAUUGUGUCUUCCCCGGUACAGUGAACAGAGAAGCCAAAUCGAGAGUUUUGGAAGAGAUCAGUCGGUCCGAGAGCAAACACUUCCUCAUCCUGUUUCGGGACGCCGGCUGCCAAUUCCGCGCUCUCUACUCGUAUUGUCCCGAACGGGAAGAAGUAGCCAAGCUGUACGGUACUGGGCCCAAACAAGUCAUCGAUAAUAUGUUCGACAAGUUUUUCAAAUAUAAUUCCAGCGGAAAAUGUUUUUCGCAAGUUCACACGAAGCAUCUGACAGUGACCAUAGAUGCCUUUACGAUACACAACAGUCUUUGGCAAGGAAAAAAGGUGAACUUACCGAACAAGAAGGACAUACCGCUCGUCAUAUAGUUUUACAUACACAAGUGUCACACACUUAACAUUACGCUACCGUGCCCUCUGUUGUUCAUAUAGUUACUAUUUUAAUACAGCCCAUAUUAAAUUAAUGCGAAUACAUUGCGUUUCUUAGUCAAUUUUAUAAAGACAAUUGAUUGGUGCUGACCCCGAUAAAGAAAUUAUCACAUCGGCGCGCAAUCCGUCCUCUCGUGACGAUUGCACGCUUCCGAAAAAGGGAAGGAAGGGAAAGAGCGUUGUUAUUAAGAAAACUGUUUCGUUUUUUUUCCUGCGUUUUCUAUCUUACAUGUUUCUAAAGCGUCAGCAUCAAUCACUGUGUCAUAAAGAUUUAUCAGUAUCUACUUAUAUAAGAAUGAUUUGUGUUGUAUACAAUAUACCCCUUUAAAUAUCCCUUCUUCCGAUUUUGCGAACUAACUUGACAUGUAUAACCGUCUUGUAAUCGUGUAAAUCGCCGUGUUGCGACUGCGUGGACGUGCGACUGUACUGAAUAUUUGUGUAGAAGUUUUUUUUUUUAAGCGAUUUCUCCUAAAUUUAUUCUGUGAAGUAAAGCGAGAGAGAGGAUGGCAUCUAUUCUUGCGUGCAUGUGUGUAUGUGUGUAAUGUAUGUAUGUGCAUAAUGUGAUUGAUCCGUACAGGUUUUUUUUUCAUUAUUCAUCUAAACUAGGAAUCUAAAUUAUUGAACGAUUAUUCUCUAAAGCGUUUGAAACUUUUUAAAGAGUAUAAGGUAAAAUUGAAACGUAAUAUGAGGAAUCAUUAAUUUUACGCAAAUAUUAUCAUUAAAUUGUUGACUUCGUUUUUACUUUUUCACGCUCUCUACAACAGUCCAUCGCGAUGUAUUUCUACCUGAAAAAUUUCAUUUCUUUUUUUUAUAUUUAUAUAUGUGUAAUAUCUUUUUUUAAUCGGGAAAUAUUGUUUUUUUGAUAUUCGUUUGUUAUAUUUUACUAAUUAAGAUACACAUCGACAUUUCAGACGAAUGGAAGAUGAUUGAAUUAAUGAUUUCUCAUGUUGUGUAUUUCUCUAUGCGAUUUUCUCGCGACUGUUGACAAUUGUAAUACGUAGCGCGAUUCUUAUGGCAUCUCUUCUCUUGCCUUUUUUUUGCGAGAAAGGAUACUUUGCGAUGAAACAAACGAUAGCUCGUGUAAGUUUGUUGCUUAAUUAGCGAGAAGCAAAAUAUAAAACCAGCUUUCAACAAUCAACCGCGAACGCAUGUUGCACAUGAAUCUGUUUCUUUGUAAAGAUCUUUGCGACAUUAUCGUUUCUGCGAGACACAAACGUUAUGCAAGGCAUGUAUUAAUUUACGCCAAAGCGAAUGAUGCGUUUCGUCGGAAGAUUAGGUAGUUAUCAUUGUGUAUAAAAGAUGGAUGUUUUUGCAUAAAUAUAUCGUUGCCUCGCGAAAGGGCUGCGGGGGGAAGAAACGUUUGUUUUCCCAAGUUGCGCUUCGAUCGUGUUCUUUAUCGUCUUGUAAGAGGAAGGUGGAAGAUGUGGCUCGUCGUGUUAAGACUACGAAUUUUAUCGAUAGAACUGUACUUUUUCGAACGGAGCCUCACGAUCCCCGCGAAAGUUUAUUAUCUAAUGAGUCAAUAUUCUGCUUUCCUCUAAAGUAAAAAAAAAAAAAAACAUUAUGAAGCCUUAUGUUAUGAACAUUGUAACAUUGGACUAAGUGCGUAAAGACAUUUAACGAAUUGACAGCCUCAAACUUGUAUUGAAUUUUCUCAUGGGUAUCCCGCCAUUUCUCAGCGAAACUUUAGUCAGUCCGAGCGAACAGAAUUGCGUGUAUGUGGAGAAUGUUAAUUUAUCGGAAGAACUCUACUAUAUUUAUUGUGCCAUAUAAAUUCGACGUUCGCCUUUCGCAUAGGACUGGCAUCGGCUUCCUAUUCUCGCUGAAUGGAAUUUUUCGAAUCGGAUAUCUGUUUCUUUUAUUGUCACGUUGUUGUAGAAACAUGAGAGGAGAGGGAAUUAGGAAUAGGUAGACUUAAAGUAGACAUUUUAUACGACAAUAUUGGGGGUCUAUCUCGUUUUUGUACGAUUAUUUUCCCUCCGGUUCUCCGUCCAUCUUGGACGGGGUCUAUCCAAAUAUUGUUCUCUGAUCAUUUUGUACGAUAAGUCUUCGACUUGGCCGAACAGGUCCGAGUAUAGGUAGACCCUCCAUAUUCUGCGAUGGCGUAACACAAAACGUAUACAGGAUUAUUAAGGACACAAAUACGCGACAUAUCGAAUUCCGAUGUUGAAAAAUAUGUAUUUUCAAUUCGUAUGGGAUGUCAGUCAAUCUGGCUUUACUCGUCCCGCCUUUUAACGUGUAUAACGAGGGAUUUAUGAGAUUAAAACUCCGUCGAGAUUACAGUAAUCCGAAAGAGAAGUUCACUGCUCUUAUAUUCCUGUCUAUUGUAAAUCUACCCGAAUAUUAUGAAGAGAGAAAGAGAAAGUUAUCAGAUAGAGAAUCUUAGAUUCAGAAACAGUCCGACCUGACAAUAUCGAACGUGAGGUACGCGCCAUAAAAGAAGAAAAAGAAUGAGAUCUUUUUGAGAUGGAGUGUAAAUUGCGGUAAGUCUAUAAUAAUGAUGCGUUUGAGGAGGGAAAAUAGAAAAGAAGGGAUAGAGGAACAGAUUGCGAUAAAUAUAUAUAUAAAUAGUCAUUAAUCUUUAAGAGCCAACGAGAAUAAUGGUUUAUGGAGAUGGGAUUGAUUACAAAGUUAUACGACGUUAUACGAGGAAUUUCUCGAUGAUGGUCGCUUAUGCUUGAUAUUUAUAUUUUUCGAAAAAUAGAUGUUAUUAGUGAGCUGAUGGGGGAAAAAACGUGGCGGUAGAGACAGAUGUGAUAACUAAAAGAUUAAAAGGAAAUGAACGAUAGAUGAAAGAA